UGUUUAGUAAUGACGACGUAAUUUGUGUUCUCGUUUCGAGUGAUUAUUCUAGGGACUGUCGGUAAAAUUCCCAACGGACCAUCACGAGUAUCAACCCAUAACCUUUACUAAGAAAGAUCACUAGAAGAUUUGCAGGCGCGGUAGUAAUAAAAUUCACCACAUAUUCCACCAAUCCAUACAAAGCAUUCUUGCAGUAGAAAUUCAAAAUAAAAUACUAACCGUUUCGGGUUGAGCUUCUCGAGAAAGAAAUGUGCGUGAUUUGGUAUUUUGAUUUAUCUCUCAAAGCUGGCACGUAGUACACUGAGAUCAUUACAACAUUAUUAAAUAGUUUGUAAGAAAGUAUUUUAUAUUGAAAACAUAAGGAGCAUGCAAUAAUAAACGAUGAUUUAGAUCGCGACGUUUGUGUUUUGCAAAAUUGUUUUUAAUAAUUCGUACAAGUAUUUUGUUUUUUGUAUGAAGAUUAGUUAUUGAUAUUUUUAUUUCAAGAACGACGUUUUGAUGUUAAGAAGAUGGAUGAUACAUUAGAUUCUAUUAGGCCUUCUUAUAAUGUUCAUCCUCGAGAAGAGAUGUCAUAUUUGUUUGGCAGAGAUCCAAGCAUACUGGCUUAUGGACAAAGACCUGCUCCCUCCAAAUAUACUAAAAAGAAUUUGCUUUCUGUUUAUGAGAUUGAGGAAAGUAAUUCUAGUAGUGAAACUGGUGUCUUUAAUUUGGAAUCACACAGCUUACAAACUGCUAAAGUAUAUUUACGAAUGAAACCAUUCCCUAAGAAGUUGAAGUUAACAGAAGAGCAAACAAAUGCCUAUAAAAUACUCAAUUCAACUACUUUAUUCACAAGAUUGCCUACUUUAGAAAAUAACAGUAGUUGUCUAAAGAGAUCCAAUAGCACCGAUAUUGUGUGCAGAAAAUUCACAUUCACUAAAACAUUCGGGCCUGAAACUACUCAGUUAGAAUUAUUUGAACAAGCAGUGAAACAACACAUGGUAGAUUUUUUAGCUGGACAAAAUUCUACCAUUAUGACAUAUGGUACAACAAAUUCAGGGAAAUCUUAUACCUUACAAGGAACUACUACAUCCCCUGGAAUUAUACCAAGAUGUUUGGAAUUUGUCUUCUCUAAUAUCACACCAAAAUCCACUCCUUCUUACAAGCCUAUGAAUCAUUGUGAUGUUGUUUCUCUGAACCCUCUUGAGCGUGCUCAAGAAUUAGAGAUAAAAACCAAGUUACUGACAUUUGCUUCAGUGGAUAAACAUCAAUAUAUGAAUGCUUAUAAAGAGAUGCAGAAAUUGUUACAAGAAGAAUCACCGAUUCGACCUAGUCAGUGCAUCGAUUCUCAUUAUUCUGUUUGGGUAUCUUUUGCCGAAAUUUAUAACGAAAUUGUAUAUGAUCUUUUAUCGAACGAAUGUCAGAAAAAAAGAACAGCUCUUAAGUUAGCAACAGAUUCUCAAGGAAGAGCAUUUAUAAAAGGUCUGAAGACUGUUUGUGUGAAUUCUGGUUCUGAAGCGUAUCAAGUAUUAAUGGCUGGCCAGUAUAAUUUAAAGGUAGCUGCGACAGCUCUGAAUGCCAGAAGCUCCAGAUCUCAUUGUAUAUUUACUAUUAAAUUACUGAAAUAUUAUAUUGAAAAUGAUUCCAAUUCUGUUGAAGUUAGCACGUUCGCGUUUUGUGAUUUGGCUGGUUCAGAGCGAUUGAAGAAGACGUUGAAUAUCGGAGAGAGAUUAAAAGAAGCUCAAAAUAUUAAUACAAGCUUACUAGUGUUGGGAAGAUGCUUAAAAACUAUUCAUGAAGGACAGAUAUCGAAACAAAAAAUAGAACAUACUGGACCGUUUAGAGAAUCGAAAUUAACGAGGCUGUUUCAAAAAGCCCUAUCUGGCAAGGAGCAUAUAGCUCUUAUAGUAAAUAUCAAUCCGGUACCAAAUUUAUACAUAGAAACGCAGAAUGUUUUGAAUUUUUCUGCUAUUGCAAAGAAGAUAGUUAUAGAACAGAAGGAGAAAGAAUAUAAGAAAAAUAAAUCAAGAUUUUCACAGUUAGUUACUCAAAGUAUGAAAACAGUAACUGAUUGGGAUUCUACACAAAUAGUAGAAAGUGAAGAUUGGCAAAAUACUGUUGAAAACGAUAGUACACCUGAUUAUGUUAAUACCGAAGAUUAUGAGGAAUUGUUAUACGAAAAUACAAAAUUAAAGAAAGAAAUUGUUGCUUUAAAGAGUUCUGUAUUAUCCCGCGAUUUACAAAUACGUCAAGAAAUGGCUGAUACUUAUACGGCUAUGAUGAAAGAGCUUGAAACAGAAUGGAAAAAUCGUAUAAAAGAUGUGGAAGAACAACAGGAAGAUGCACUUCACUGGUCUGUGAAACAGGUUGAAGACUUUUACAAGCAGAAAUUAGACCAAAUGAGUACUCGGAAGAGGAAGAAGUAUUUGACCGAUUCCGAAAAUAAUUUCGAUGACGAUGUUGAUGAUAUAAAAAAGAUUAACGAGUUAGAAAUAGAGAAUUCACGUUUGAUAACGAAAAUCGUGCUAUUAAAAAAUAAUUUGAAGGAGAUCAAAGAAACAAAUCAAGCGUUAACAGUAGAAAAAAAUAAAGUAACAUUCGAACUGGGCUUGACAAAGGAAGAUUUAAAAAGUAUGACAAAUCUAUUGAACGCAGCCCAACAAGAAAUUAAUUUUGAUGAGGAGUCAAAAUGUUACCUCGAAGAAUUAAAAUCCCAGUUAUUUGCUAAGCAAGAACAAGUUAAGAAAUUAAAAGUAUUCUUGAAUGAAGCAAAAGAAGAGUACAUUUCAAUCACUACCGAAGUAAGAGAAAAAGAAUAUACGAUUAAAGAACAGGAAGAAGAACUGUUUGAGAAACAAGAAACUAUAAAAGAAUUAGAACAUGAGUUGACGGAUCUUAAUAUUUGUUUGAUGGAACAGACCAAAACAAUGGAAAUGUUAGAAGAAAAAUUGGAGGCUCAAACAAAGAAAAUUCUAGAUGACGAAAAUAAAAUACAAAUUAUGCAAGAACAAAUAGAUAAAUUAAUAAAUGAAAAAUUAUUAUUGCAAGACGGGGUUGAAUUAUUGAAAAAAGUAGAUCGUACUGAGAUCAGUAUAAAAGAUGUAAGCUGUAAAAUUGAUGACUCCGAAACAUCUUCUGAUUGCUUGGAAAAUGAAGAGCAAGCGUCUUCUACAAUCGAACCAGAAAUAAUAAAUGAUACACUUGAGAAUGAUAAAAAGGAUAUUAAAACAGUAGCGGAUGAGGAAAUAGAUACGCAGAUGCAAGAAAAAAUAAUUGCUAUAAACGAAGAGAACUUGAGAUUGAAAAAAAAAUUAACUCAGAGUACAAUUGAAAUACAAAGUCUAAAAGAAGAGUUGGAACAUACCAAAGUUAAGCAAAACGACAUAGCUGAACAAAUACGCAAUUUGCAAAUUAAUAAUAUAAAGGCUAAAGCUGAAAAUGGUGAUGCUAAACAUAAAGUAGCAAUAGAAACAGUAGAGAUAGGUUGCCAGAUAAGUGUGAAAUCUGAAGAGCAAGGUAUAAACACUAUUAAAAUUGAUUUACACGAUGAAAGUAGCCAGACCUUUGAAGAUCUAAUAAAAGAAGAAAAUGAAUACAUAAUAAAGGAAGAAAUUAAUGAGAUAAAUUCCGCUGAAGAAAACUGUGAUCAGGAUGUUAUAUUAGAUGAAUUAACAAAAUUAAUGGUAAAAUACGAUGAUGUUAAGACACUGUACAAAGAGAAAUGUCUGAUAGUGGAAGAAACAUACAAAGAAAUAUUGUUUUUAGAACAAAAAAUAAAAGAACUUUCAGCAGAAAGUUGUACAAAUAAAGUUAUUGCUGAGGAAUACAAACAAUCAAUUGAGUUGCUACGACAGGAGCUUUCUACUAUGAAAGAAGAUAAGAAUCAAAUUAAAGAGACGUUACAAUCCACUGAUAGCAUUAAAGUUAGUUUGGAAACUAAGAUUAAUGAUUAUGAACAGCGACUUAACGAUACCGAACAACAGCUCAUACUUGCUAAGAACAAUUACAAUCAGUGUAUGGAGAAAUUGAAUACCUUACAAGCAAGUUUUGAUUCUCUUACCACGAAGUGCAAAAAUGAACACGAACAAAAAAUAAGUAACUUAGAAAAGGAACUUUCUGUUACAAUAGAAAAAACUAAUUUAAAAUCACAGUGUUUGGAUGUUCAUGCUGCAAAAAUUAUGGAAUUAGAACAAAAUCUUGAGGGUGUAACAGAGCUUAAACAAAAGAUUGAUGAAUUAAACAAAAAGUUAGAAAUAUGUCAAACUGAGAAAGAUAAUUUACAAAAAUUAUUGGGUGAGAACAAUGAUAGGCUUUUAGAACUUGAGGAGCGUUUAGUAUCCGCGCAGGAAAAAGAACAAGAAAAGGAUGAUGAGAUAAAUUCGCUUCAAAGAGAAAUGAAGCAGAUGAUACAAAAAACUGAGAAUGACGAUAAAAGUGAUAAAUUAAUGGAAGUAGAAAUGAAGAAUACGAUUAAAAAUUUAACAGAAAUGAAAGAAAAACUUUCCGGAAAACAAGAAUAUAUAGAACAAUUAGAAUUGCAGGUUAAAGAGAGCGAACAAAAUGCGAAAAUUUUAGAACUUUUACAGCUAAGCAGUCAGGAAAGACAAGCAGAGAAUGAAAGAUUAAGAGCUAUGAAUGAAAAAUUAAAAAGUAAUUUGAUCGAGAAGGAACGUGAAAUGGAAUCGUUUAUGAAGAAUAGGGACGAAAUGGUGGUAAAAUAUGAAUGUUUAGUGAAGAAUCAGCAAGAAGAAUUAGAAAAACAGAAACAAGAGUUAAUUAAAAAUCAUCCCAAAGAAGUGGGUUAUUGCGAAAAUACAUCCGAAGAUGAAGUGGUGCACAAAGAGCGUCGAACUCGACGACCACCUAAAAAAUUCACCCCCACGUCAAAAGUGGAUAAUCAUGACAUUCCAACGAUCGACCUUUCAACUUCUGAUUCUAAACGAAGCACGAAACGUACUAUUUUACCACCCCCACCACAGGUGGAAACACUUUCAGAGAAAAAGAGAAGUACUCGUAAAAAGAAGCUGUACAUAAAAGGAGAUGAAUCUUUUCACGAUAUCGAGCCAUUGGAGAGUACAGUAAUAAUCACGCCAACUACGAAAACACGCAAUUUAAGGAGUAAGCGAAAGAAUGUGUAAAUAAAACGUAUCGUUUAAAAUUAAAUUAUGAAAUAAAA